CCGGUGCCACCCCCGGGGGGGCGGAGCGGGGCGGCCGGGCCCGGCUCUGUGGGGAAGGAGCCGGCGGGGCCCUGCGGUCCCCCCCGUGCCAGCACGAUGCAUCCGGCCACUGGCAGCUUUUCCCCAGAUGAGGAACCCCUGAUUGAAGAGCCCUUGGUGAACAGAUACAGCCGCCAAAAGCCAAGCGACCGCUUACAUGGGGCCUAUGUUAUUUUUUUUCUCCUGGGCAUCGGGUCCCUCCUGCCCUGGAAUUUUUUCAUCACAGCAAAGCACUACUGGAUGUACAAGCUGCAAAACUGUUCAGAACAGGCAGGCCCAGGUGGGCAGGCAGCAUCGGAUCUGCGGGACUUUUUUGAGAGUUAUAUCUCCAUUGCUUCAACUGUGCCCUCGGUGCUGUGCCUGGUCGGCAACUUCUUGCUGGUCAACAAGGUGCCUGCCAGCAUCCGGAUCCUGUCCUCCCUCUUCAUCAUGCUGGCUAUCUUCCUGGUGAUCACGGUGCUAGUGAAGGUAGACACCUCCACCUGGACCACCCAUUUUUUUGCCCUCACCAUUGGCUGCGUGGUCGUCAUCAGCAGCGCCUCAACCAUCUUCACCAGCAGCAUCUUUGGUCUGAGCAGCUGCUUCCCCAUGAAGAACUUGCAGGCACUGAUCUCCGGUCAGGCCAUGGGUGGCACAAUCAGCGCCGUCGCCUCUGUGAUAGACCUGGCAGCAGCAACUGAUGUUACAGACAGUGCCCUGGCCUACUUCCUCACUGCAGACAUCUUCAUCGUCAUCUGCAUCAUGGUGUACCUUCUCCUUCCCAAGCUAGAGUACUCCAGGUAUUACAUGAACAGCCAGAAGGAGAGCCCAUCUCUGGCCACCAUGCCACCCAACAGCUCCACAGAGGACAAGGCAGAGCCAGGAGGCACCACAAAUACAUCCUUCCUUGCAAAAAGCACUGGCAUCCCCCCUCUUCGCCCCAUCCUGCAGAAGACCGCCCUCCUUGGCUUCUGCCUCUUCUAUGUCUUCUUCAUCUCCAUCAUCAUCUUCCCUUCUCUCUCCUCCAACAUUGAGUCUGUCAGUAAGUCCUCAGGAAGCCUGUGGAGCACCAAGUACUUUGUGCCACUCACUAGUUUCCUCCUGUACAACUUUGCUGACUGGUGUGGGAGGCAGGUCACUGCCUGGAUCCAGGUCCCCGGCCCCAAGAGCAAGCUGCUGCCCGCCCUUGUCCUCCUCAGGACCAUCUUCCUCCCUCUUUUCAUUCUCAGCAACUACCAACCCCGGGCUCACAUCCAGGCGGUGGUCUUCAACCGAGAUGUCUACCCAGUGGUCUUCACGGCACUGCUGGGGCUGAGUAAUGGCUACCUGGGGACAUUGGUCAUGGUCUAUGGCCCCAAGAUUGUGCCAAAAGAGCUGGCCGAGGCUGCGGGGGUGUUGAUGACGUUUUACCUCAUGCUGGGGCUGGCUGUGGGGUCCGCCUGCUCCAUUCUCAUUGUCCACCUCGUGUAGAGGAGCAGCCAGGGGGGCUGACCUUGGUUUGUGGUACUGCUGUUGGGUAUUUAGUGGGUUUUUUUCCCCAAGAAGCCAGGCACACUGCAAUUUUGGGGCAGGCCACCUGUCUUGGCAGGAGGAGCUGCAUCCACAGGGAAAGUCCUCCUUCUGGGCAGUGGGGUCCCCUGUGCUUGGGAGGUUCCAUUGGACCUUUGUCACUCCCUGGCUUGACUGGACCAAAUGGACCAAAAAAGCCUCAUCCUCCCCAGGGACCUCAGGGGGCACCAGGAGCACAGGGAAACCUGGCUCUCACCCCAGUGCCAGUGGGCAAGGGUGGUGGCUUGUUGGUGCCACCAUGCUGCUUUUAAACUGAAGCCAGGGUUUUUGACAGCACCUUGGGUUUUUCUGCCUCAUUGCUAGGAGUUUAGCCCUGCGGUGUUUUGGUGGUCUCGCGGGGAUUCCCCUUUAUCAAGCUGCCAUGAUGGUGUUGAGCUAAAGGGGGUUCGAGCCUUUGAGCACCUUCAAGCAAGCUUCAGGAGCAGGUAGCAGCUGCGCCUGUGAGCAGGGCGACAUUUCAGGGAAAUUUCAUACAUUAAUGCCACAAAAAAGCACAUAUAAGGGAAACCUCUCCAUUUUGACUAAUGCUUGCUUUAAUUUUUCCAGAUUAGAUUGAAUUGAGGGACCAUCCACCUCCCAGCACGGUGCUACUAGUGCUGGAGCUGUAUGUUGUGGCCAGCCAGGGGCCAUUUCUCCUGCUGUGACUGCAGUGUGAUGGUUGUGGACACCAAUUUACCUGUCUGCAGCUGAGCCCCAAGGAAUGAAAAAUGCUAAGUGGUCCUAACUCAAGAUUUUUAAGGCGCCUUUAGUCUGCAUUGAGAAAGGUCUGUAAAAGCCAGGGAGAAGUAUUAGAGAGGCUCUGAUGUGAUGUUAAUAGCAGAAAGCUGAUUAAUUUUUGUAGACAGGUGGCAUAUGGUCUCCAGAUGUUUUCAGAGGGGGUGAGCUACUGUGAUACCCAAAUGUGGCCCACCCAAAGAGGACUGGCUUUUAAAGUCACUUAAACUUCCAUAUGCAAAUGCAGCUUGAACUAAAUACAAUUAUGGUACUCAUUUUCUCAAAUUGGGUGGAUUUGUCAUCUAGGAGAGGUGAACUGGUAAGUAAGGAUGUAACAGCAUAACUUGGUAUUGCAGCUGGUGCCUUAGGGAUGCUAUCUAUGGAAAAUAGUUCCUUCAAAACUGGGUUAUUAGCAGAUGCUGUAUUAGUGGGAUGCUCUCUCAGCAUCACCUGCCUGAUCAAGUAGCAGUGAAGCUGCUGGUCUGGGUUGCCAGGCUGUCUCCGUCUCGUGCUGGAUGUGGUGGUUAGCGAGGGGCUGGUGCCUUUCCACCUGCAGCCGCCCUGGCUUUGCUGGGAGAACAGCAGGACCAAGGGUGGUUAUUGCCAUGAGGUGACAUGUAGGCUUGGUGGGUGUUGGUUUUUUAUAUAAAUCAUUUCCAGUGUUGAGUUCAGGCUCGUUGGCAAUACACACAGUUUUGCUUUGCGGCUGAUUUUUAUUUAAAUGUAAAUUCCAGACAUGAGUGGAAAAUGUACAGGGCAUACAGUAGCGAGGAGCAGCUUUACAGCACAUGACUUUCCAUGUGCGGGCUCUUAACCCUGUUGCUUUGGUAGUUUUGCAGCUUUUCAGCCCCUGGCGCUUGGCCAGCGGCUAGGACCCAGGUGAAGGUCCACCUCAGCCUGAAGGGCAGCCCAGGGGCUGAGGGUAGCGAUGCCGGCCAGCCGGCUGGGUGCUGCUCAUGGGGGUAAGCGCUGCUAGCGUGUCCGUGGGUGCUGGAGCAUUGCUUGGAGUAAUGUAGUUGGUCGUGGCAGAAAAGCCCAAGCCAACCUCUUGCUGGCAACUGAAACGUCCCUUUGUGGCCUUCAGUGCUUCCCACUUGAGACCCUGCCACACGACCUGCUCUCCUCAGCUCAUACGUUGUCCUCUGGGCUCAGGAUACAUGAGAUUCUGCUUGUUUGCUGACUGUGUUGCACCUCUGCUGAUCCUCUCCCUCAUGUUACAGAUGAAAUACCUCUUGAGAUAGAACUUAAUUAUCCAGUAGCAUUACUAAUAAAGACGAUUCUAGGUACUGUGCAA